AGCCUAUUCUAGUAGAAUCCCCAAAAUACAUUGAUAACCACACAAUUAGCUAAAUGUGAGCCCUUGAAGUUAAAUUCUACAAGAAUACCCCAGAGCCAUGUGUUUCCACGUUUCAUGUUUGGAUAAAAAUGUCCAGAUCUGUUGAAAUAUCAGUGGGGUAAUAAUAACACACACAUUAAAAUAUAUAUUCUCCAGCGCCUACAUGUAUUGCUUUUCUUAUUAUAUAUUCAAAUUCUCUUCAUCUGUAGGUGUUAGCAUUUUUCCUAAUAUUGAAUAUAGAAGCCCUUUAACAGUUUGAUAAAUCAAUGUCUUCCUGUAUGCUGAAGCAACUGAUGUGUGGAGACUGAGGUCCAGUCCACCCUCUCAGUGCUCUUUUGCUUCAUACUGACAGCCUAGACUAGAGGGAUGGGUGGACAGAGAGCUACAGAAGUGUUGUUGCAGGUACACUCAAUGUGAGCACUGCUAUGAGCACUCUUGAAGGUAGAAGGCAGGCGGUUUAUCCUAUUCCUACAAGUAAGUGAACAUUAUUUUAUUUUCCAUUUACAACUAUUCUCAGCAGAAAUGAAUAGCUAACACUUAUUCAACAUAGGACACCACACCAUUCUCUUGCUAGACACAAGCCACUUGUAAUGGACAUGACGCUGGAAUGUAGCAUUAUCAUCCUCCAUGGACCAAUAUGAAUGAUAAAGAAAUGUAGUUGGUAGAGUAGUAAUACUCAAAAUAGACAAUGUGAGCAUGUAUUGUUCAUUCCAUUGAACAUAAAAACUUCAACAAAAACAUGACCAACUGAACUCCUAACGUGCUUUGAAAUGGCUAAACCCCCGACCCCAACUCAUCUCGCUCAGUGAAUAAGUACCUUAACGACAGUGCGGUGGAGCGACCCUGGACGGAGGUGGAGAGAUGGGUGUUGGUGACAGUGUUGGGGCUGGAAAUGGUGAUGGGGGUGGUGGGCAACUGCCUUGUCCUGCUCAUCAAAGUCAUGGUAGGGCUUGCAGUAAGCAGUACUCUUGUCGCUACUGGGUUCCCUUCCUGAGUCUCACCCUGUCGGACCUAGGUUCCUCUGCGCUCAUCAUCUCUGGCUCCCUGCUGGCCAUGCUGACCGGCGGUCAGACAUCUCCUUGGUGUGAGGUGGUCAGCCUGUUAAAGUUUGCUUUCAUUACCUCCUCUAUUGGAAGCAUAGCCAUCCUGUGUGUGCAGCGCUUGAUGGGCAUGCCACCUAGGGGCAGCGUCUUGUUCGUGGUUCUGGUGCUGACCUGCUUGGCCUCCUGGGUGUCAGGCGUGGUGUUUGGGACUGUCCCUGUGGUCUACGCCUGGAUCAAGUAUCUGUACGACCCCGCUGAGAUGCUGUGUGCAGUGUUCUGGGAGACCAGCUACUCAGACAUGAUGGUGUACAUCCUGUGUGCCUUCUCCGUCUGCAUCUUCCUCCCCGUGCUCCUCAUCUUCUUGGGCUCUUUGAUGACCGCAGCCGGCCUCGUGCCGCGGUGGAACACCGACAACGAGGAGGACGACAUGUCGUUAGUCACGCCACUGCUGGUGGCCUUCUACCUGCUCUGCUACACCCCCUUCGUCGUGUCCGAGCUGAUUCUCCUGGGCAAGCAGGAUCUGUCCCCGGCUCCUUAUUGGCUGAGGACCUUGUCAUCGGUCAUGUCCUACCUGGACUGUGGGCUGAACCCACUCAUCUACUGCUCUCACCGAGACUUUAGGGAGGCGGGCCUAUCCCUGCUGUGGACAAGUAGAAAGUCCUUCUCAGAUCCCAUUCUCACAGGCAUAACACAGUUAAACCUAUAGGACAUGGCCAGGGGCCUCAGAAUGUGCUUAACGCCUGUCCGGGCCCCCGAAAAAGAAUAUCACCAAACCAAGAAUUUGCAUUAGCUCACAUCUGCCAAUGUAAUAUGCCAAUAGUUUAGUAGCUAUAGUAAACACAUAAGGACAAAAUCAUUAGAUCAUUUCGCGAGGAUGAUUUCAUCAAAAUAUUGAUGCUUGUAAAAACCUCCACUAAAUUCCUGAAACCAUUUAUGUGUAAUAUAUAAUACAUUUUGUGUGACGUGGGGCUAUUCAAUUGUAUUCAUUGUAUUGUUAUUACAUGUAAGUGUGACUAUAGUGUGACAAAUUCAAUGUUAUGUCUUAUUUAACAAUGAAAUUGAUCAAAUACA